AUGAACUUCAGCACCCUUCUCUUGAUCCUUGUGGUAAUAGGCUCGACCAUCAGCUGGUUCGUCCGCUAUCGUUUCCUAAACAACUACGCACGCCUGGCUCAAGAGCCCCAGAGGAAAGAGCCGCAGAUUGACCUGUUCCCCGAUACCCAAGAUGGAGACACGAAGCCGGGGCUGGCCAACUACCUCGACGAAUUCCUCAGCGCGAUCAAGGUGUUCGGAUAUUUGGAAAGGCCCGUUUUCCAUGAGUUGACGCGGACGAUGCAGACUAGGAAACUCAUCGCCGGGGAGACGUUGCUACUCGAAGAAGAGAAGGGCUUCUGCAUGGUCGUGGACGGCUUGGUCCAGAUAUUUGUUAAGUCCCUGCGCGACAGCACGGAGGGCAGCAGCGCCGGUCAAAUUGAUCUGUUUGAUGAAGAAGAAGGAUAUCGAGAGGGCAACCAAGGAUACCAAUUACUGACCGAGGUCAAGAAUGGAGCGUCCAUGUCCUCUCUUUUCUCGAUCUUGUCUCUCUUCACUGAAGACGUCAAGCUACGCCACGACGUUCAAGGACCCAGUGGCACACCGUUUACCAAUGGCAUCCAUCGCACGCCCGAUUCCGUCGUUGCCAGUCCCAUGCAAGAGCCAUCUACCCCGAGCAUGACCGUCGCCGGUCUACAAGAAGAUGGUGAGAAGCGCAAAUUGCCUAGCGUCCCACCUCUGAUCCUGGGAUCUGCCUUUGACGACACGCAGUUCACCAAGAAGCACCAACCGAAAACCCGUCCUUCCGUUUCAGCUCAUCCUGACAUCGUGGCAAGGGCUGUUGUAGACACCACCAUAGCCAUCAUUCCUGCGAGUGCAUUUCGACGUCUGACAAGAGUGUAUCCGAAAGCCACUGCCCACAUUGUACAGGUCAUCUUGACGAGACUACACCGGGUGACCUUGUCAACCGCACACCAGUAUCUGGGACUCACGUCGGAAGUCCUGCAGAUUGAAAAAUUGAUGAACAAAUACACGAGCUAUGACCUCCCAAACCACUUGCGUGGACAAGCCCUCGACCGGCUAAGGGAUAAGUUCACCAAAGAACGUGAAAGAAUCGGACCCGAGGAGGGUACAAAAGGGAUUGCUCUGCAUAAUCCGACUGCGGGUCGGCGGAGGUCAUCCAGUGGGUUGCGCAGAGAUGCGGCCACGACGGCAAGGCUGAAUGCCGCGCGAGGAACGCUGACGACUACAGCAGCUGAUGCGAGACGACCAGGAAUAGGCGACAGAAACGUCAGUUCCGGAGAUCUGCAUGGUGCUUCGAGACCGAGCCAGAGACCGACAAGCUUCCAUCUUCGAUCCACUUCGAAUUGGACCAGUAUGGGAGCACCUGACGGCCGCAACCUGGACCUCAGCCCGAUGACAACCCGUGAACAAAAUCCGUUUCGACCUUCUCUGUUUGGCACAGACGCACCACACAGGCAGGAGUCGGUCAAUGAAGAUGCUUUGUUCCGUGAAUCGGUGUUGGAGUGCAUGGCCAAGGCGCUUGGUCUGAGCGAGUCGAUAAAUCAGCCGCUGAGGGCAGGCCCGGCCUCAGUCGAGCAAUCUCCAAGGCUGGUUUCUUACGAUGCGAAGCGACAAACGGCGAUUUUCAACAAUGCCUUUGGCUUCAUAGAUCCCUACGAAGGCUCGGUCGACGGGGAUACCGAAUCCAUGAGCACUUCGAUGGCCAGUGCUACCGGGACGAUGCACGGACGCACUCUGAAUGAAGAGCUAAUGGACGAUGUGGAAAUCGUGUUCUUUCCGAAAGGCUCCGUGUUGGUGGAGCAGGGCGAACGCAAUCCAGGCCUCUACUACGUUAUAGACGGGUUUCUCGACGUCAGCAUCCCGGUAGAAGAGAAAGAAGAAAGACAUCACGCGCAGCAUGCUGAACAGCAGAGAAGAGGCUCACGAGACGAGCCACUCCCGCGGCUCCGCAGGAGCAAGACUUCGACGUCUCGAAACCAGUCUUCUGCCCGCCUGCCCGGUCAACCGACAGAGAAUAAAAGGUUUGUGCAGAAGACGUUGUUUCUCGUCAAACCGGGCGGCAUUGCGGGCUAUGUUGGCACGUUGUCCUCAUACAGAUCGUUCACGGACGUUACCGCAAAGACCGAUGUUUACGUGGGCUUCCUCCCUCGAUCGGCGCUGGAACGAGUGGCAGAAAAGUACCCCAUCAUUCUUUUGACAAUGGCAAAACGCCUCACGAGUCUCUUGCCGAGGUUGAUUUUGCAUAUAGAUUUUGCAUUGGAGUGGGUUCAAGUCAAUGCGGGUCAAGUGAUCCACCAUCAGGGAGACGACAGCGAUGCCAUAUACAUCGUCCUCAACGGCCGACUGAGAGCAGUACGCGAGCUCGAUGGCGGGACCAUGCGGGUUACGGGCGAGUACGGUCAGGGUGAAAGCAUUGGUGAGCUUGAAGUCAUGACAGAUGGAACGAGACCUGCAACACUGCAUGCCAUACGAGACACUGAACUGGCGAAAUUUCCGAGAAGCCUGUUUAACAGUCUGGCUCAGGAGCACCCCAACAUCACCAUCCAGAUCUCGAAAUUGAUAGCGCAGCGGAUGCGCGCGCUUGUUGAGGCUCCACUGGAAGAAAAGGGCAGGAAGAAAGCUGCCUUGAGCGAUUCAAGUACGUCCAGCCUGAACCUGCGGACGGUGGCAGUGUUACCGGUAACCGCCGGGGUGCCUGUUGUUGAAUUUGGCAAUCGUCUUCUCGCAGCGCUGAGCCAGAUUGGCGUACCGAGCGGCGUCACGCUGUUGAACCAGGCGAUCAUCCUGAGUCAUCUUGGGCGCCAUGCCUUCAAUCGCUUGGGCCGGCUCAAGCUGUCACAGUACCUUGCUGAUCUGGAAGAGAAAUACGGAAUGGUGCUAUACAUUGCCGAUACGAGCGUCAACGCGCCGUGGACCCAGACGUGCAUCUCCCAAGCCGACUGCAUCUUACUUGUCGGCCUCGCGGAAUCCUCGCCCAACAUCGGCGAGUACGAACGCUUCCUGCUGGGCAUGAAAACAACGGCUCGAAAAGAUCUGGUCCUCUUACACGUGGAUCGCUACUCCCAGCCAGGGCUCACGAGGAAAUGGCUUCGCAACAGAAUGUGGAUUAACGGUGGUCACCACCACAUUCAAAUGGCUUUCCGAGUCAGCCCCGAAGCCACGCCUCACGCCCGACCCAGAAAAUUCGGCGCGGCCAUCAAACAAAGCGUCCAAGUCAUUCAAGCAGAGAUCCAGAAAUACACCUCGCGCAGAGUUCGCCAAGCCCCAUUGUAUUCAACGGACACGCCGUUCAAGGGCGACCUCCACCGCCUGGCCAGACGACUGUGCGGCAAAUCGGUCGGCCUGGUUCUCGGUGGUGGAGGAGCGCGUGGCCUCGCCCACAUCGGCAUCAUCCGCGCGCUUGAAGAAGCCGGCAUUCCCAUUGACAUUGUGGGCGGGACAUCGAUCGGCGCCUUCUUGGGAGCGUUGUACGCCCGCGACGCCGAUGUGGUGCCCAUGUAUGGCCGGGCCAAGAAAUUUGCAGGCCGGAUGGGCAGUAUGUGGCGCUUUGCACUCGACCUGACAUACCCUUCGGCGUCGUACACGACUGGGCACGAAUUUAAUCGUGGCAUCUUCAAGACUUUCGGCGAUUCCCAGAUCGAGGAUUUCUGGUUGCCCUUCUAUUGUAAUACGACGAACAUUUCCAAGUCCCGUGCAGAGAUCCACACCUCGGGCUACGCGUGGCGAUAUGUGAGGGCGUCCAUGUCCCUGGCCGGUUUGAUUCCGCCCAUCUGCGACGAGGGAUCCAUGCUGCUUGACGGCGGGUACAUCGACAACCUGACCGUUGCGCACAUGAAGUCCCUCGGCACGGAUCUGAUCUUUGCAGUGGAUGUUGGCGCCCUGGAUGACGACACACCCCAACAAUACGGCGAUACGUUAUCCGGAUUCUGGAGCCUGUUGAACCGCUGGAAUCCAUUCAGCAGUAUCCCGAACCCACCUACGCUCAGCGACAUUCAAGCCCGUCUCGCGUACGUGAGCUCGGUGGACGCUCUUGAGAGGGCCAAAGCCACGCCAGGGUGCGUGUAUAUGCGUCCGCCGAUCGAAGCGUACGGGACGUUGGAGUUUGGCAAGUUCGAGGAGAUUUACGAGGUCGGGUACGCUUACGCGAGGGAGUUCUUGACGAGAUUACGGAAUGAGGGAUCUCUUACCGGCGUGAUUGACGCGUGGGUCGGAGGCGAUGUCGAGGGCGAGGAGGGCAAGAAGCUGUUGAGGGGUUUGGCGCCGAGGAGGGCUAGUAUAUAG